AUGGAGGGCUGCCUGGGGGAGGAGUCUUUUCAGAUGUGGGAGCUCAACCGGCGCCUAGAGAACUAUCUGUCCCGGGUCAAGGCGCUGGAGGAGCAUAAUGAAUUGCUGAGCGCAGAGCUCAGGGGUCUUCGGGCACAGUCUGCGGACGCCUCCUGGCGGGCCCGCGCGGAUGAUGAGCUGGCGGCACUGCGGGCCCUCGUGGAUCAGCGCUGGCGGGAGAAGCACGCGGCCGAAAUGGCGCGCGACAACCUGGCGGAAGAGCUGGAAGGUGUUGCAGGACGGUGUCAGCAGCAGCGUCUAGCCAGGGAGCGGGCGACAGAGGAGGCAGCCCGCAGUCGGCGAGCGGUCGAGGCUGAGAAAUGCUCCCGGAUCUGGUUGAGCACCCAGGCCACUGAUCUUGAGCGCGAGCUGGAGGCCCUGCGCGCGGCGCACGAGGAGGAGCGCGCUAGCUUAAACGCGGAGGCCGCCUGCCUCCCCCGCGGCCCCGCACCGCCCCGUGGGCCCCCAGCGCCUGCCCCCGAGGUGGAGGAGCUGGCGCAGAGGCUGGGCGAGGCGUGGCGUGGGGCAGUGCGCGGCUACCAGGAGCGCGUGGCACACAUGGAGACGUCGCUGGGUCAGGCCCGGGAGCGGCUGGGCCGUGCGGUACAGGGCGCCCGUGAGGGCCGCCUGGAGCUGCAGCAGCUGCAGGCGGAGCGUGGGGGCCUCCAGGAGCGCAGGGCUGCGCUAGAGCAGAGGCUGGAGGGCCGCUGGAAGGAGCGGCUUCAGGCCACUGAGAAGUUCCAGCUGGCGGUGGAAGCCCUGGAACAGGAGAAACAGGGCCUGCAGAACCAGAUCGCCCAGGUCCUGGAAGGUCGGCAGCAGCUGGCACACCUCAAGAUGUCCCUCAGCCUGGAGGUGGCCACAUACAGGACCCUCCUGGAGGCUGAGAAUACCCGACUGCAGACACCUGGCGGCAUUUCCAAGGUUUCCCUCAGCUUCCAGGACCCAAAGCCAGAGCUGCAUUUCCCUGGGACCCCAGAAGGCCGGCGUCUGGAACCUUUGCUCCCCAUUCUAAGCCCAACCCCCCUCACCUCACCCUUACCUGAUGCCCUUAGGAUAGCUAUGCCAGCCUUUCUGAAGAGCCAGGAAUUCCUCCAGGCUGGUACCCCCACGUUGGCCAGUACCCCCAUUCCACCCACACCCCAGACUCCCUGCCCUGCUACAGAGAUCAGAGCCCAGGAAGCCCCUCUCUCCCUGGUCCAGUCACAGAGUGGGAAACAACAGGCUCCAGAGUCCCUGCAGGCUGAAGCUAAGGUGGCCAUCUCUGCGAGCAUCCUUCCAGGACCAGAGGAACCUGGGGGCAAGCAGCAGGAUGCCAGGCCAGGCCAGUCCCCUGAGGAUCAUGUCUCUUUGGCCCCACCCCUCAACCCUGAUCACCCUAGUUUAGAGGCCAAAGAUGGAGAGCCCAGUGGGUCUGGAGUGUCCAGCUUACCCCAGGAGGAAGGUGAAGGGCAAAUAUGGGGACUGACAGAGGAAAAAGCAACCAUAGAGGUGAAAGUAGGGAGCAGCUUACCACAGGAAACGUGGCCAGAGGAGGGAGAUCUGGACAGGGAGGAAAUCCAGGAGCCCCAUAGGCUUUUGGAAAAAGAAACUCUGAAGUCUCUAGAAGAGGAGGUUCAAGAGCCACUAAUGUCUGAGAGCCAUGAGACACACAGAUCUGUAGAGAAGGAGAAUCAAGACUCUCUGAGGUCUUUAGAAGAAGAGAACUUAGAGACACAAAUAACUCUAGAAACAAAGAAUCAAGAGCUAUUGAAAUCUUUAGAAGAAAAAGAUCUGGAGGUAGUCAGAUCUCUAGAAAAGGAAACUCUAGAACUACUUACACCUAUAGAAAAAGAAGACCCACAGAGAUUGCCAUCUCUUGAAAAGGAGGAUCAAGAACUCCUGAGGUCUCUUGAUGAUAACCUAGAGACAUUUUUGUUUCCAGGAAAGGAAAAUCAAGAAUUAAAGAGGUCUCUGGAAGAGGAGAACUUAGAGUCCUUGAAAGCUCUAGAAAAGGAGAAUCAAGAACCACUGAGAUCUCAAGAAGCAGAGAACCAAGAGACAUUGAGACCUCUAGAGAAAGAGAAUCAAGAACCACUGAGAUCUCUAGAAGUGGAUGACCAGGAGAUAUUGAGACCUCUAGAGAAAGAGAAUAAAGAGUCACUAAAGCCUUUAGGAGAUGAGAAUCAGGAGAUCUUAGAAAACAUGGAUCAGGAGCCACUAGGGUCUCAAGAAGAAGAAAGGCAAGAAACAUUGAGAUCUCUUGAAAAAGAAACUCAAGAGCCCUUGAGGUCUCUAGGGGAAGAGGACCAGAAGGCAUCAAAGCCUCUUGAAAAAGAGAAUCAAGAAGAGCUAGUGAGAUCUCUAAAAGAAGAGAAUGUAAAGACAGUGAAAUCUUUAGAAACAGAGAAUCUAGAAUCACUGAAGUCUGCAGAAGAGGUCUUGGGAAUAUUGAAGCCUCCAGAAAUUCAAGAGCCACUCUGGUCUCUAGAAGAAAAGAAUCAGGAGACAAUGAAGCCUCUAGAAAAGGAUAUUCAAGAACCACUGCCAUCUGUGGAAGAGAUCCAGGAGACAUUGAGACCCUUAGAAAAGGAGAGUCAAGGACCACUGAGAUCGCUGGGAGAGUGGAACCUAGAAAAUUUGGAAUCUUCAAAAGAGGUGGACAAGGAAAGUCAAAGGUAUCAGGAAGAGGAGGGGAACCUGGAGAAGGGAGAAAAUAAAGAUUCACUAAGAUCUCUGGAAGAUGAGGGACAGGAGCUGCCACUAUCUGUAAAGCAGCAGAGUUGGGAAGAUGUGGUGGAGGGGGACCAAGAACUAAGCCGGGACCCCCCACCUGAGAGGACUGAAGUGGAAAAUGAGGAUGAAGCAGAGCUGGGCCUGAGGGAGCAGGAUGGCUGUGAUGGGAAAGAGGAGGCCGUAGAGCAGGUAGAGCUACAGCUGGAUGCUGCAGGGGAGGCGGGGAACACAGCUGAAGGGCACCCAGGGAGCCCCGAGCCUGAAGAGCAGAAGGUCCCAGUUGAGGGAGCCAAGGGGGAAGGAGGUACUGAGGACCUCCAGGACCCUGAAGGGCAACUAGAUCAGGGGAGGACCCCAGGCCUCGGAGCUCCCCAGGGGAUGCCAGAGGUCAUAAAGCCAAUGUUAGGAGAUGAGGAGAUGGCUCCAGAGGAUGCACCAGUCUCCACACAGGUCCCCUUGGGGUCAGAGACAGCCAUGGGAGAGUCUGCUGUGGGAGCUGAGGAGGGACUGGAGCAGGAGGCAGUAAGGCUGGAGGACCCAGGCAACCUGGCCAAAGAAGAAGUGAUAGAGCUGCCCCUAGAGGAGGAAGGUUUGGAGGCAAAGAAAGUCCAGGGCUUAGAAGAGCCCAGGAGGGACCUAAAGGAGACAGAUUCUCUGGAGUCAGAACUCAUCAAACUGCCCCGGGAGAGCAGAGACCCCCGGAAGCCUGAGGAAUCUGAGGGCUGGGAGGAACCUGAGUCUGAGGCAGCCUGGGGGACAGAGGAGGGGUUCCCUGCUGAGACUCUGUGUCUUGAUGGAACCAAUGCCCUUCAGCCCAAGCCAGAGGAGGCUGUGGAAGAUGCAAAACCAGUGCCGGAGGCCCCCAGCUCAGGGCCUACUGAGCCCUGUGUGCCUACCUCACUCCCUGAAGAUACCCCUGGGGCCCAACCCCAGACUGAGGGGAACCAGGAAGCUAACUUAGGGCUGGAAAAUAGGGCUGAGGCCCCAGGAAAGCUACAAGGUGAGCAGGAGUUGGGUUCUGGGGCAAUCUCUGAAGGCCUCCAGGAAGAGAGCGGAGAAGAGAGUGAGGCCGAUGAGCUAGGGGAGACCCUUCCCGACUCCACUCCCCUGGUCCUCUUCCCCGGGUCUCCAGCCUCCUCCAAGUGGGGGCCAGCUAGAGAGGAGAGGCCCUCCCCUCAGGAGGAGGCCAGGCAGGAAAGCUGGGAACCCACCAUCCUGGCCUCUGAGGACCUUGGGGCCCAUCUCUCUGAAGAAGAGGAGGGAGAGGAGGAGGAGGGGCACAGCCAUGGUUCUGACCUGUCUGAGGAAUUUGAGGACCUAGGGACAGAGGCUUCUCUUUUUCCUGGGGUCCCUGGGGAGGUGGCAGAACCCCUGAGACAGGUGCCCGAGCUGCUACUGGAGCCUGCAGCCUGGGAUCGGGAUGAGGAGUCUGAUGGGUUUGCGGAUGAGGAAGAGAGUGGGGAAGAAGGGGAGGAGGAGGAGGAAGAGAGGAAGGGGCCAGGGGCUGGGCGGUGGGGACCAGGGUCCUCUGUGGGAAGCCUACAGACCCCGAGUGGCCCACAGAGAGGGGAUCUCGUGGAAUCUGAGACUGGGGGGGCCAGUGUUCCCUGGGAUGAUGGCUUAAGGGGCUCAGCGGCUGAUGCUCCCAUGAUUGCCCAGGAGACUGAGUCCCAGGACAGCGCUGAACCUUCCAGCUCAGAGGAGGCAUCUGACUUGGUUUCCUUAGAGAAGGAGGACAAAGUCUCUGGCCCCCUGGAAACGCCCAGUGGGGUGGAGGACACGGGCCACAAGGGCACAGAGGAAACCCUUGGUGUCAACGGCCAAGGUCCCAGCUGGGAGGAGGAAUCAGAGCAUAUGAAUGGGGGGCUAGUGAACAGGCUGGAACAGUCUGAGGAAGGAGGGCCAGGGAAGCCAGCAGACCCCGAAGGGAAUCAAGGAAGCCCCUUAGAGGUGGAAGAGGGGAAUGCCCUGAAGGCCCCUUGGGCAGGGGUUCCUCUUCACCUGGGCCAGGGCCAGUUUCUGAAGUUCACUCAGAGGGAAGGAGAUGGAGAUUCCUGGUCCUCAGGGGAAGACUAG